CCAUUGCUCCUCAGAGCCUGGGGGUGUGUGUGUGUGCCUGCACUGGUGUUUUCUGCUGGCUGAGGGGCUUUUCCAUCGCUCCUGCCUCAGUCCCUGGGCGUGCUGGCAGCGGGAUGAUCGGCUUGGCUUGCAGAGCAUUCGCUUCUAAUCUCCGGCUUGUGGCAUCCCAGCAGAGAGGGGCAAAGCUUGCAGGAGCAGCACUGCGGGCUGGGCAGAGGGGAAAUGGCUGGUGAAUGGAUGUGCUGAGAGAUUUCCUAGUUCUGGAUAUGACCUUCAGCACCACAAUGAAUCAGGAAAAACCUGUCAAGUCCUCCUAGCUCCCUGGCUGUGCAAUUUGUUCUUCCCUCGCUGUUGCCCAGACAGCAGCUUUUCUCACCCAAGGCACAGGAGCCAGCAAGUCACAAAUGACAGCUGAAAAGUGAAGUAUUACCAAAAGCUGUGUGAGGCUCUGUCAAAGAGAACCUUUAUAUAUAAUUCUCCUUCCGAGCCUGGGAAGCUGUGCAUCCCAUCAGUUCCAAAGAGCGGAGAGAAGAUAUGUUCAAGUAACCGACACCAGGAGUUGCACAAGCCCACACCCAUUUCAGAAUAUCUCCACAGUGAUCUGCAGCAUUUAGAACUCUCUGUUCAGAAUGGAUGAUGGAUAUAGGAACACAAACCAGGUCUCAGAUGACUACAGGUACCAGGAUGGCAGCUAUGACACACCCAACGAUGGCUACUACCGGGGCGGGGAUGAGCCCGCGCAGGACGAGGACGCCCAGAGUGAUGUCACAGAAGGCCACGACGAGGAUGAUGAGGUCUAUGAGGGGGAGUACCAAGGGAUCCCACACCCAGAUGACAUCAAAGAGAAGCAGAAGAAGCGAGCCCCUGCCGUGGAUGAUGAGUACAGAGACCGUGCUGACCUCAUGGCCGAGAGGAUGGAGGACGAGGAGCAGCUCGCCCACCAGUACGAGAACAUCAUUGAGGAGUGUGGCCACGGACGCUUCCAGUGGACUCUCUUCUUUGUUUUAGGGUUGGCACUGAUGGCAGAUGGGGUGGAGGUGUUUGUGGUUGGAUUUGUUCUUCCCAGUGCUGAGAAGGAUAUGUGCUUGUCCAGUUCCAACAAAGGGAUGCUGGGCUUGAUAGUCUACUUAGGAAUGAUGGUGGGAGCUGUCUUGCUGGGCGGCCUCGCUGACAAACUGGGAAGGAAGCAAUGCCUCAUCAUAUCACUUGCAAUCAAUGCUGCCUUUGCGUUCCUCUCCUCCUUCGUCCAGGGAUACGGAUUCUUCCUCUUCUGCCGCCUUAUCUCAGGCCUCGGUAUUGGGGGCACCCUCCCCAUCGUGUUUGCCUAUUUCUCUGAAUUCCUGUCUCGUGAGAAGAGGGGGGAACACCUGAGCUGGCUUUGCAUGUUCUGGAUGAUUGGUGGCAUUUAUGCUUCAGCAAUGGCUUGGAGCAUCAUCCCACAUUAUGGCUGGGGGUUCAGUAUGGGAACCAAGUACCACUUCCACAGCUGGAGAGUCUUUGUGCUGGUGUGUGCCCUGCCCUGCAUCGCCUCCCUGGUGGCGCUGAAAUUCAUGCCUGAAAGCCCACGGUUUUUGCUGGAGAUUGGUAAACACGAUGAAGCUUGGAUGAUUCUCAAGCAAGUCCAUGACACCAACAUGCGGGCCAAGGGCGAGCCAGAGAGGGUGUUUACGGUUUCCUAUAUCAAAACUCCAAAGCAAGUAGAUGAAUUUAUUGAAAUCCAGAGCUCAACAGGGACCUGGUACCAGCGGUGGCUGGUCAGAAUCACGACUACAUUAAAACAGGUCUGGGACAAUGUGCUAUAUUGUUUAACAGCCCAGUACAGGAUGAACACACUGAUGCUGGCUGUGGUUUGGUUUACAAUGGCCUUAAGUUACUAUGGCCUUAUUGUCUGGUUCCCUGACAUGAUCCGCUAUUUCCAAGACGAGGCAUAUGAUUCCCGGGUGAAGAUCUUUGAUGAGGAAGAAGUGUCCCAUUUCACCUUCAAUUUCACCCUGGAAAACCAGAUCCAUAGAAAUGGGGAAUACAGGAACGACAAAUUUAUUGGCAUGAAAUUCAAGGAGGUGAGAUUUGAGGAUUCAUUAUUUGAGGAUUGCUACUUCGAAGAUGUGAGAUCCACUGAGACCUUCUUUGAAAACUGCACCAUCAUCUCUACUGUCUUUUAUAACACCGAUCUCUACGAACACAAAUUCAUCAACUGCAGGCUCAUCAACAGCACGUUCAUGAAGGAGAAGGAAGGCUGCCACAUCGACUUUGAGGAGGACAAUGAUUUCCUCAUCUACCUGGUCAGCUUCCUGGGCAGCCUGUCCGUGCUGCCAGGCAACAUCAUCUCUGCUCUGCUCAUGGACAAAAUCGGGAGGAUAAAGAUGAUUGGCGGCUCGAUGCUUAUCUCAGCCGUGUGCUGCUUCUUCCUGUUCUUCGGGAACAGCGAGUCGGCGAUGAUCGGCUGGCAGUGCCUCUUCUGCGGGGCCAGCAUCGCCGCCUGGAACGCCCUGGAUGUCAUCACCGUGGAGCUCUACCCCACCGACAAAAGGGCAACAGCCUUUGGCAUCCUCAACGGGCUUUGCAAGUUUGGUGCCAUCCUGGGGAACUCCAUCUUCUCCUCCUUCGUAGGGAUAACCAAGGUGGUUCCCAUCCUCCUGGCCUCCUCCGCCCUGGUUGGGGGUGGCCUGCUGGCUCUGCGCCUGCCAGAGACUCGAGAACAGGUCCUGAUGUGAGCAGCAGAGGCCGUGGGGGCUUGCGGGGGGUGGGGGCAGAUGUAGGAGAAGAACAAAAAAGAGCCAUGUCUGGAAAACCCAAAACGUUCAUUCUGUGCUGUUCUGUCGGCACCUCAAAGCGAGACGGAGGAGGGGAAGAAGAACCAAGAACAACCCGCAGGGAUUUAAACAAAACCAUCGUUCCUGACCUUAUUACAGCCACGACUGGUGCAUGCAGCCCCCACACACCCCUUGCAGAGCUUGGGAGCCCCCCCUGUCCCUGUCCAUCCCCCUGCAAGGACACCAGAGGCAGACAGCAGCUCCGUGCCCGCGUGGAGGACAGACAGGAGG